GAAAAAAUCUGGACAAACAAUGCAAAGAAUCAACUAUCAUCUUCUUGGCUCUGUUUUGUAUAGGUUUGCAGAACUCUGUGUGUCUUGGCCUUGGGGUUCCUUAAUUGCUGAGCAGUUCAGAAAUCCCAUUCAGUAGUUCUAAUACAGACUGCAGCUGAGGGAAAAAAUUGGUGCAGGGUAACCCUGGGCAGGAAGCACAAGUCUCAUUAAAGUUGACUGCAAGGGAAAGCAGGUGUGUUUACUGUGCAGGUGGAUCUUUCUAUUUACAUCAAUCAGACUACAAAAUUGAGGUUCUAAGGCAGAACACUAUAGAUUUCCUGUCCAGACACAUCUGUGCUUGAUUAUAUUAGGAAGCUGUCCUUGUGCUGUACUUCUGGAAGAGAUGACUGCUACCUGCUAGUGCAGGCUGGGCUUAAGGGGGGAAGUACUCUCUGGGCUACCAGACUGUGGCAAGGUGUGGGGAGUAGCCAACAAGCCUUCUGUAUUGCUUGUUAAGAGGAAAAAAUAGGUGACUGGGAAGAGUGUGUGUGUAUGCUAGGAAAAAAUGCAGUUCUUGCAAGUAUUUCCUUGAGAGCCUUAUUGCUGAGGCAGGAUGGAUGCAACUGUCAGUAUGUCAGACAUGUGAAUUUCAUUCUCUGCCUUAUCUGGGUGAAUAGCAAUGCCAGCAUUAGCUUCUUGAACGUGCAGGGGAUUAAAAUCUAUGCUUGCAUAAAGCAGGGAACUAAUUAAUAGUUCAGAUAGCAUAGCAUUACAUUUCAAGGCAGACUCAAGUGUUUCACAUCUCUGGUGCUGAUGAAAGGUGCUGUGACAAGAAUCCUGAUGCUGCUUCUCUUCUGUGAGCAAAGCAGGUCCACGUGAACUGUGGCAAUCCCUAUUGCUCCUCCCAUCGCACACUGCCACAGUGAUAGCUGAGAAGGGACGUCAAGCUACUGCCACAAACUGGAUUCCUGCCUUAGCAGCAGGUGUGGUUUGAUAGGGACGAGAGAAAUACCAUGCGUGGCUGAGCUGCUUCCCUGGGACGUGGUGGCUGGUACCCUUUUCAGGCUAUCUGACCCUGCCUGAGGCCAGUUUUUGCUACUGCAGCAGGGACCUCCAUCAGUAGGUAACGCGUUAUCUGAGCAUCACUCUACCAUAGCACCAAAAUGAGUGAAAAUGAAGACCAGGCUAGUCUGGCAAAUAUGGAUAAUUUAACAGAAGGAGAAGAAUAUGAGGAUGACUUUGAAAAAGACCUUGAAUGGCUAAUUAAUGAAGAGGAGAAGGAAAACCUUGGUGAAAGAGAGACUCCUGAAAAGAAAGAAGACGACUUUGAGGGGAAAAAUGUUAAAGUCAUGGCGACCUUUGAGGAAGACAAUGAGAAAAUGGAAAACAAUCCAGAUGAGCUUUCAGAAGGAGGUGUAGAUGUGAAAGUGAAGCCCCGUGAGGAAGAAAGUUUGAUGUCUGGAUCUGACACGAAAGAGGGAGACCAGGUUUCUGAUACUGAUAGUGAAUGCUCUAUCCAGGAAUCCAAGUUGGAAAACCAAGAGGAACUGGAUGAGGAGGUAGAUGAAGAAAUAAAGCGUUAUGUCUUGGAAAAAAUUGAGGAAGCCAACAAACUGCUGGAGAAUCAGGCUCCUGUGGGUGAAAACAGAGAGCGGAAGUUAAAAUUUAAGGAUACUUUGGUGGAUCUUGAGGUUCCUCCUCUUGAAGAUGUUGAAGUUUAUAAAGCAGACCUUGCAGGAGGAGGUGAUGUUUCAACUAAGCUGUCUCAGUUGCAUAUUUCUAAUAAAACGGGACCAGAAAGCGCGUCACUUUCAUUCCCUGCUGGCAAGAAUGAAGAACAGAAGAAUGGUAAAGUCUUAGUGGAAAAAGAUGGAAAGUUUGAGCUCUUAAGUUUACGUGAUAUUGAAAGCCAGGGCUUUUUGCCCCCAAUAAGUGUUUCUUUCACUGAUAUUGAAACCCAACGUAUGCCUCCAAAAUCCUCUCACCUCAGUUCUUCUGGCACUGUCUCUAGAAUGAAGGAAGUACGUCCAACAAGACAAGGCAUACGUUCUUUUUCUCCUGCUGCAGAAGAGUGUGCCUUUUUGCCUAAGCCUCCGUCUAACCCUAAACAUCGUCCAAAUUCUGCUAUCAAUGCUGCAAGAGGUCUGGGAAAACGGAAGACUCCACCAAGAUCACAGUCUGCAAACGUGCCCUUGAGAAGUUCCACUUACUGCCUUUCUCCUAGACAAAAAGAACUACGGAAGCAGUUGGAACAAAGGAAGGAAAAACUGAGGAAAGAGGAAGAAGAAAGGAAGAAAGAGCAAGAAGAACAGAAGAGAAGGGAGAAUGAGAUGGUGUUUAGAGCUUGGUUACAGAAGAAGAAAGAACAAGUGCAAGAAGAAAAGCGAAUUCGUCGUGCAAAGGAACUAGAAAACUUGAACACCAAAGAGAGAAACAGGAAUCCAGAAGAAGCGUUCAAGUUAUGGCUUAAAAAAAAGCACCAAGAGCACAUGAAAGAAAAACAAAUAGAAAUUUUGAGACGGCAGGAAGAGGGAAUCACAUUUUUUCCAAGGACAGAGGAAUGCAACAGAGCUUUUAAGGAAUGGCUAAAAAGAAAGAGAGAAGAAAAGCGAGCUGAAGAACUGGCGGCUAAAGAGGCAGCAAGGCAGCUUCGAUUAGAAGCUAGAAGAGCGAAACAGAUGCAGAACAUGCACAGCAUUAGUUCGGAGCCCAGAUCUUUUCGCUUCAGAGACAAUUACAGUUGAAAAUUUGCAGGUAACCACUGAGUUCUUGGGGACAGCCCUCUUAAUUUUUAUGGCUUGAGCUACUGCUGUUUACAGCUACUGACUUUGUGGUGUUUUUAAAGCUUUCUAGCAAAUUCAACAGUCCCCUUCACCGACAAUGGUUUUGCUACUUAUUUAUAAUUAAUUUUGUUGAAAAGCCUGCUUUUAUGCACAACUCAGGGAUCUUCUUGGUUUGACCAAAUCAAAAUGAGAGCAAGAUCUGUUUGCGGGGGUGGCAAAUACAUUUCCUUUUAAAAGGCACUUUAUAUUGAACUCCACCAUGAAUUCCUGGAUGCAGGCUAUUAUGAUGUUGAUUUUUUUCUUUUUUCUGGAUUAAUAUUGGUAUUUGCUGCUUGUGAUGAGUGUACAACUUGUGGUGUUGAAAAAUGCUUUCUGGAAUCUUUGCCACUUUCUAUUGGCUUGUGGAGCAGCUGUUCCAGCCCAACUAUUCUAACUAGGGGAAGUGGUGACUAAAGGCUAACGUGUAUGUGAACUUGCAAGUUUCUGGAACUUCUUUUCUGUGAGUCAAACUGAUGCAUUCAUAUUUAGUAAUUUUCUAUUCCAUGAAAUGAAAGAUAAUGUAAAUUAUGACCUUUGCCAAUAUCAAGGAAGCUGAAUUCCUUGUGUACAUUUCCAUGUUUGCUACAUUUAUUAAAAUAUACCACCACCUUGAUAUUGGGAACUUGUGAUAGAGAAUGUGCUGAAAUGACUGAUGAAAUCAAAGUUAUCUGCGGGGAACACAGGGUCUGAAAUGAGCUGUAUUAAAUCCAAAAUUGUAACUUGUAAGCAAAGAAAAUUUAUUGUAUUCUUCAUGCAAACCAAAGCAUGCCCAAGAAAGCAAGAACUUGUAACUUGCUAAUUCUGUUUGUAGUAUGAGACUUAAAAGGGAAAAAAAAAAAAACAAAAACAAA